UCUCAUUAGGCGCGUUGUCCACUGUUCCCAAAUCACAAUCAUCGGAAACCCUAUCUCUCGCCACUUUCUCUCUCUACCCCCCCCCCCCCUCUCUCUCUCUCUCUUAUUCCGGCGACUCAAAGUUCGCGAAUUGUAUUUUUUUUUAAGGAUAUUUUUAUUUCUUCUUGUACUAUUAGAAAUUCUUUGUUUGUACAUGUACGUUUCAAUUCGUUAACAGCUGGAGUUAGGGUUGCUUGUUCUCUGCGAACUUUUUGUAAUACUCGUCAAUUGAAUAGUUUUUGCUACUAAUCUUUGUAUUGAGUUUUCAGUUUUUGUUAAAAAUAAAAAUAGAUAUUAUUUUUGAUUGCUGUAAUAGUAUAGGGCCGACGAUGAACAAUUGUAAAAUAGGGUUAGGUUUUUCGUGAUCUGUGAUGGAAAUGGAGAGUACGCGUAGAGCAUUUGAUAGAUCUAUGUCGAAGGAACCGGGACUCAAGAAACCUAGGCUCAUCGAAGAUCCCACAGCUCAAGAUCGAAUCUCCAAUGGCCGUGGUGGAUUGGUUCAAAGGCCGACCGUUUCGAACUCCGGCAUCGGUGCAGGCUCGCGGGUCCAGAGCGGUGACUCUAUGCGUGGGCCCUACCAGCACCAGGUAGCUCCGCAGUUGCAUCAGGAGCUGGUGACUCAGUACAAGACUGCGUUAGCUGAGCUGACUUUCAACUCAAAGCCAAUAAUAACGAAUUUGACGAUUAUUGCCGGCGAGAGUUCGCAUGCUGCCAAGGCCAUUGCAGCCACUAUCUGCACCAAUAUUAUUGAGGUUCCUAGUGAGCAAAAACUGCCUUCUCUGUAUUUAUUAGACAGUAUUGUGAAGAACAUCGGGAAGGAUUACAUAAGAUACUUUGCUUCCAGAUUACCUGAGGUUUUCUGCAAGGCAUACAGGCAGGUUGAACCUGCGAUACAUCAGGGUAUGCGCCACCUUUUUGGAACCUGGAAAGGAGUCUUCCCUCCUCAGACACUUCAGAUGAUUGAGAACGAGCUUGGAUUCACUACUGCGGCAAAUGGUUCACCAUCAAGAACAACAUCUAGGCAGGACUCACAAGCUCAACGUCCUGCUCAUAGCAUUCAUCCUCUGUAA